AUCGUCGGGAACCGUUCUUGGGUUUUAGGGUUUUUGGCCCAGGAUAAAUUACAGUUGAUAGGAGCACAGACCUCUCGACGGCGGCACGAGACGCAGAGAAAAGAUAGACUUCUGUGAUCUCAUCGCUCAGGAAGAGAUUUCGAAUCUGAAUUUCAACCGUAAAGAUGUCAGGUGAGGAUGGUGCUGCUGCAGUUGAGACUGCUGCUCCUGCUGCUCCUGCUUUAGGGGAGCCAAUGGACAUCAUGACAGCCUUGCAGCUUGUUCUGAAGAAAUCUUUAGCUAAUGGUGGGCUUGUACGUGGGCUUCAUGAAGGAGCUAAGGUGAUUGAAAAACAUGCUGCACAGCUCUGUGUAUUGGCCGAGGAUUGCAACCAGCCAGACUACAUUAAACUGGUCAAAGCACUUUGCGCUGACCACAAUGUAAGCUUGAUAUCGGUGCCAAGUGCUAAAACACUCGGAGAGUGGGCUGGUUUGUGUAAAAUUGAUUCAGAGGGAAAGGCGAGGAAAGUGGUAGGAUGCUCCUGCGUUGUCAUUAAGGACUAUGGGGAGGAAUCAGAGGGUCUUCAUAUUGUCCAGGAGUACGUGAAGUCUCACUGAGUGAGUAGUUAAUUCAAGUUGCAACAGAGUUUGAAAUUUGAAUCUGUAGGGACAUUUUUCCCUUUUUGGUAGCUUGAGGAUAACCCCCAUCUUUUUGGGAGUGUUUUUUGAGUCUUGAUUGGUUAUCAUACUUGAUUUAAAAUGUAACCAAGUAAUUCUUAUCGUUUCAGUCUCUUACGUGAGAAAUUACUUUAUAGUUUCUUGUUGGGACCGGUGAAUCAUUUUCCUAUUCAAAUAGUAACUUGGGUUAAUGCGUUGUUUAAA